UACAUGCUUGAACAAACUUGAAACACAUGAUUCAAAGACAAUUAUUUGCUCACAAAACACAGCCUGGAUUAACCCUAUCGUUCGGAUUUUUAGCGUGGAUUAUCAAUAUUUUCAUGAGACACUGCAGGAGCCGCAGUAAUGCUGACAGUCGCAUCGAUGAUUCAAAGUAACUCGUCUUUAUCUCCUCAGGGUUAUCGGGUCAAUUUUUUUUCUCAUUCCAGUUGUGCUAUACAUUUGAAAUACAUCGCCUGCGGUAUUUUUCUGAAGUAAUAUCUUGUUUCCUUCAUGGUCAUUGUCUAGAGGACAAAAAAACACGCGAUUUUGUGUAAUUAUUCACUGUUAAUUACAAAAAGUGAACUUUUCGAUUGUUUUAUCUUUAUUGCAUCCCACUUGAGAGAUCAAAAUUGAAUAUUCUUUUCGUGAGUUGAAUGUAGAAGUGGAAUGAUCCCAAGAUAUGAUGUUGGAAGUGCAGUUUCUCUCCAGAGAGUGCCACUGCAGGCACCUCCCCGGAGAAAACCAAAAAUAAUCCCGAUGGUUAAGAAACCCGGAACAGGCAAUUCAACUGAAAUAUCGGACAUCCAGAGCCCCAACUCGACGAUCACCAGCGUAAACAGCAUCAGCAGUCUUUUGAAGGAGAAGUUACAAUUUACGUUACCACAGGCAUUGCGAAGUAGUAAAAGACGACAGAAUGCAGACUACAGGAUCCGAGCAUUUGUGGGGAUCCUCUUUCUCUGUGUGGUGCUACUAGUAGCUUUUGCACAUUUCUAUUACACUCAGUAUGUCCUGCAGCGUGCAUACUUUGAUAAAUUCAGAUUCAACAAGAACCAGCGUCUCCUCCACAUCUACAGCAGCAUAGGUUCUGAAAUCGUCUCGGCCCGCCUCGGCUAUGGAAUCCCCAUGGACACAGGUGUCUUUCCCUGUCUCGCUGAGCACCAGAAACAAUCCUCCGUCUGUCUAGAAUGGUUGCACUACUCUCGCCUCUACCUCUCCUACAUAAACCUCAACGGCAUGCACUGCUACACGAUAACAUGGCAGUCUCUGAGCCCCACCUUCAACCCCCAGGACUGCUUCGACUGGUCUCCAAAGCGCAGCCACUGGUACGGCGGAGGUCAACUCCAAAGUAUGGCGUAUCCUCUGGAACAGGGGAGACUGGAGAUGAGUCCCUUCGUCACCGGUGACAUUCAGAAGCACCCCUUCGGAAAUGUACUAAAGCGCUAUUUCCUCAACUCCAAGGGUGGCACCAUCAUCGUGGACCCCCAGUCGCCGCUCUACAUCUCCAUAAAUGCAAACAGAACUCGAGAAUUUUGUCUCCAGGCAAAACACGACGAUUUCGCAUACAUAAAUCACCUGACUCCUCUUCCCCAGCUGAAUUACACGAUCUGCGCCACCGACAAUAUGAAGAAUCUCCACUCCUCGAUGGCCGACAAGUCCCUGUGGGAUGGGCUCAAGCCCGCGGAAGCGGGAGUCGUCGAUGCUCUCCUCUCCGAGCCCGUCUGGCAGAUCUCCCCAACCAACGAGGCUGCCAUUUACAAUUACACCGAGGACAUCAUAGCCCUGGGAUUCUUGAGACAGGGCCAUGUGCUGCUGGACGCAGAGUGGCAGAAGAGCCCUGGAGAUGUCACGCUGGAUGACGCGAGAUUUCCGUCCAUGGAGGAGACAAUAAACAUCAUUCGUAGGCGAGGGUUCAGGAUUGUCUUGACCAUCCAGCCAUUCAUUUCUACAGAGUCGAUUAAUUUUAAGGAGGCUGUCGACAAUAGACUGCUCAUUUCGGAGAGGGGGAGCGAUCCACGGAUACCAGCAUUGACUAGGUACGGUCGCAGCAACAGUGCAGGUGUCCUCGACGUCACCAAUAAUCGCUCAAUCCCCUGGCUCCAGGGAAAACUUCACAGUCUAACGACGAAAUACCACGUGGAAGCUUUCUACCUCGAUCUAGGAACAGCCCACGACAUGCCCCACUACUACAAAUGUGAGGAGCCCCUGACCAAUCCUGACCACUACAAAACCCUCUUCACCAACGCCGUCAUAGGGACAAUUCCAGUUCUAGGUGUGUCCAGUGCAAUUUCCCGACCGAAAGCCCCCAUCUUCGUCUCCCUCCCCCCCUUCCCGUCCUCCUGGAAAGCAAUCAAGAAUGUAAUCCCCACGAUCUUGAAUUACGGAAUAAUUGGAUUCCCCUUCAUCAUGCCAGGGGCUGUGGGAGGGGACGUGGACCUCCCCAAGUCCGAUAACAACCCGAACAACGACUUCGCGGUCAGUCUUCCGGAUAAAGAGCUCUACAUCAGGUGGCUGCAGCUCUCGACCUUUUUGCCUGUCAUCAGGUUCACUCAUCUGCCUAGUAAAUACUCGGACGAGCCGCUCCUGGAGAUGGCGAAGGCCCUGACCACAUUGAGACAAAAAAUUGUCACUCCACUGUUGAAAAAAAUCGUCAACGAGACAUUGGAAUCGGGUGUGCCUAUAAUCAGACCCCUCUGGAUGCUGGACCCAGUGGAUCCAGCCUGUCAACUCGUAAUGGAUGAAUUUUCGGUUGGAGAGGAGCUCAUUGUCGCGCCGAUUUUAUACUCGGGAAGUAGACAGAGGGAGGUUUACCUCCCCGCUGGCAUCUGGAGGGACGGCAUCGAUGGAAGCCUCAGGAAAGGCUCCAGGUGGAUUCACAAUUACAGGGUCGCUGAAGAUAAAGUCGCUUAUUUUGUUAAAGUGCCCGAUAACACGAGAUUUUGAGAGAACAAUGUGGACUGAUAGUUCUGACAAGUUGUAAUAAUAAUACAGUAAAUCAUCGGUUAGGAAUUA